AUGAAGUCAACACUUGUUCUUGCUCUUGCUACCCUUGCUGUCGCAGCUCCAGGUGGAGGAUACGGCGGUCAAGGUGGCCAAGGCGGAUCAGGAGGUCAGGGCGGAUGGGGUGGCCAGGGACAAGGUAGUCAUGGUGGAAGCUGGGAAGACUGGUCUGGUGAAGGCGGAAAUGGUCAGUGGACUUCUUGUGAAGAAACAACAACAAUUCCCGCCCCACCUAUCCCCAUCACUACUACAACUACUACCCCUAUCCCUACAACUACCCACGUCUGGCAAGAUUGGACUUCUUCAACGACAACUACCACUACCACUACCACCACUACUCCUUCCAUCAGCCCUACCCAAGAAACAACCCACUGGGUAGACUGGACAACUACUAACAUCGUUUCUCCUGCUCCAGCCCCAACAACGGAAACCUCUCACUGGGCUGAUUGGACUUCAUCUGUCGCUCCUGCCCCUAUUCCAACGACCGAGACUUCGAAAUGGGUCGACUGGACCUCUUCUGCCCCAAUCUCUCCUGUUCCUAUUGAAACUUCUCACUGGGUUGACUGGACUUCAUCUGCUCCAGUGUCUCCUGUCCCAACUGAAACCUCGAAAUGGGUCGACUGGACUUCCUCCGUUGCUCCAGCUCCCGUUCCAACCACCACAGAAUGGGCCGAUUGGAAUGAUUGGACCAGUUCUUCUGUUCCUGUCGCUCCUGUUCCAGGGACCAGCGUAUGGAACGACUGGACUUCAUCUGUGGCUCCUACUCCAAUUCCUGCCACUAGUGCAUGGAAUGACUGGUCUUCCUCCGCUCCAGCUCCUGUUGUUCCAACUACAACUCCCACCUCUGUUGCUCCAUCAUCAACUCUGGCUACCUCGACGCUCUCGACAACCCCAGCGGCUCCUGUGGUCAGCACCUUUACUGGUGCUGCUGCAGCUAUGCCUACUGGUGGAUUCAAGAUGGCCGGAGCUGCUGCCGCCGUCAUGGUCGCCGCCAUACUAUGA